UUCGCCUCGGUAUUUAAAUGGAGCUGCAGGACAUCAGCUGCUGUCCCAUUCAGAGCCGAGCCGUGACAGACCGGGACAGAAAAUAACCUGCAGCGCUAAAAACACAAAAAUCAAAACAUCUCCCUGUGAAUAUUGUAUCUUUGAGAGGAGAACCAGAGAGUGGUUGCGGGGGUUUUGUUGCGGGAGCAGCGGAACAAUAACCGGGGCUGUGACAGCAGCUCGGUGCGUCGUGUUGGGGGGGGGGAUUGCUCCGCCGGAUCCUCCUGGACCGAACCGAGCUGCGGUGACGUGAUGUCGAGCACGACAGCAAGGAUUUCGGGUUUUAUUUGAUUUGUCUGUGUUUAUUUACUGAGAGACAGAUAAACAAGCUGAAGGUGGUGUUGCUGUGGCCCAGCAGGAUAAAGUGGCCUGGACUACAGAGGACUGAUGGACUGGAUGAUGAGAGACAGCAUUUGAAGGAUUUUUAAAAGAAAAUAUUGGAGCUUUACUUUGUCUUAUAUGUGAAGACAAAAUCAAGACCAACAUCCAAUCGCUUAAAGACUCAACAAAUCUAUCACCAGCAUCUGUGGCUUCACUGGACCAACACCUGCAGCCAUGUUCAGCUGGCUUGGGACAGACGACAGGAGGAAGGAGCCGGAGGUGUUUCAGACGGUCAGCGAGGGCCUGAAGAAGCUCUACAAAACCAAGCUCCUGCCGCUGGAGGAGAGCUACAAGUUCCACGAGUUCCACUCCCCGGCCCUGGAGGAUGCUGACUUCGACAACAAGCCCAUGGUCUUACUGGUGGGACAGUACUCCACCGGCAAGACGAGCUUCAUACGCUACCUGUUGGAGCAGGAUUUUCCUGGAAUGCGGAUCGGCCCUGAACCCACCACGGAUUCCUUCAUCGCGGUGAUGCACGGCGACACCGAAGGCGUCAUUCCCGGAAACGCUUUGGUGGUUGACCCCAAGAAGCCCUUCAGAAAGCUCAACGCGUUUGGGAACGCAUUCCUCAACAGGUUUGUGUGUGCCCAGCUGCCUAACCCAGUGCUGGAAAGCAUCAGUGUGAUCGACACACCAGGGAUUCUGUCUGGAGAGAAACAGAGAAUCAGUCGAGGGUAUGACUUUGCUGCAGUCCUUGAGUGGUUUGCCGAGCGAGUGGACAGGAUCAUUUUACUGUUUGAUGCCCACAAGCUGGACAUUUCCGAUGAGUUCUCAGAGGUGAUAAAGGCCCUGAAGAACCACGAGGACAAGAUCAGGGUUGUGCUGAACAAAGCUGACCAGAUAGAGACCCAGCAGUUGAUGAGAGUCUACGGUGCCCUGAUGUGGUCACUAGGGAAAAUAGUCAACACCCCUGAGGUGAUCCGUGUCUACAUCGGCUCGUUUUGGUCCCACCCUCUGUUGAUCCCUGACAACAGGAAGCUGUUUGAGGCGGAGGAGCAGGACUUAUUUAAGGACAUUCAGUCUUUACCGAGAAACGCAGCGCUUAGAAAACUCAACGAUCUGAUCAAGAGAGCAAGACUAGCCAAGGUUCACGCGUACAUCAUCAGCUCACUGAAGAAAGAGAUGCCCUCUGUGUUCGGGAAGGAGAACAAGAAGAAAGAACUGAUCGGCAGUCUGGCAGAUAUCUACAAACGCAUUGAAAGAGAGCAUCAGAUAUCCCCUGGAGAUUUCCCAAAUUUGAAGAAGAUGCAGGACCUACUCCAGUCUCAGGAUCUCAACAAAUUUCAGCCUCUGAAACCCAAACUCCUUGAGGCGGUCGACGACAUGCUAUCCAACGACAUUGCCGGUCUAAUGGUCCUGGUUCGCCAAGAAGAAAACCAACGCCCUAACCCAGUUGUGAAGGGUGGUGCGUUUGAUGGCACUCUGGACGGCCCGUUUGGCCACGGGUACGGCGAAGGAGCAGGAGAAGGCAUCGACGAGGCCGAAUGGGUCGUUGCGCGUGACAAACCGGCUUACGAUGAAAUUUUCUACACCUUAUCUCCCGUCAACGGAAAGGUGACAGGGGCCAACGCCAAGAGGGAGAUGGUGAAGUCAAAACUGCCCAACACAGUGUUGGGAAAGAUCUGGAAGCUGGCGGAUAUCGAUAAGGACGGGAUGCUGGAUGAUGAGGAGUUUGCGUUGGCCAAUCACCUGAUAAAAGUGAAACUGGAAGGACAUGAGCUGCCUCCAGAGCUGCCUGCACACCUGGUGCCGCCGUCUAAGAGGAAAAUAGCAGAGUAAAUGUAAGAUUAUCCCCAACUCCCUGCUCCGAAACCUGUAAGUAGACCUCCACCAUUAACCCCAUCCCUAGAGAAAAGGAUUCCCAAUAGAAGAGGAUGUUUCCUGUAGCAUCACAACAAGAAUGAAAAAUGAAAAAGUAGACUACAAAUUCCAACUCCCAGUCUUCAUUGUAGCUUCACCCGCACAUCUGCAGUCUUUCCUUUCCUUCAAUUCACAAAUAUUCAAACAAAACAUUCAAAUUCAAAUAGAGUCAAGUUAAUGAAUUCAAAUCGACUGUUGGCACACUGGCUGCAAACCUUUAUGCAACGGAAAAAUCCACGUUUGUAUUUUUUAACACACAAUUCAGGAUUCAACUUUGUCAACAGUGUGUGAAGAGCUUGAUUUAACUGCAACGUUUGUUUGGUGCUUUUACCAGGGGGGAAAAACUGGAUCUGGAUGAGACUUUAGAUCAGUAUCUUCUUUUUUUAAAUUCAAGCUGAGAUCUAUGAGUUGUUUGGUUAGAGAUGUUAGCACAACUGAUACAGUUAAUAAUUAAAAACACUAAUUAAAUUCUCAACCAUGAAACACUGGAAUACAGAAAAAUGCAAGUUGGUUGUAAGUACUGGAAGAAAAAUGGAGAGAAUGUAAAGACAAAAAGAAGAAAGAAGGAAAGUUUCCUUGGAAAAAUUAUUUUAGGUAUAAAAUGCAAUUAACCAGUGUAUCCCCAUUGUAAUAGUAACUAUUAUAUUAUUAUUAUUAUCUGUAAUCAGCACAGUAAACUACUACAGAGUCGACUUUCACACGAUUACCAAAAACAUCUUAUAUUUUGAGUUCCUGAAUUAUUUUCGGUCUCCUGAAAUUUCUGGCUUUUGUUUAACGGAGACAUUUUAAACCGCUACAAAGACUUCCUGUCAAGUGUCUUGAGAAUACACACGAACACACACACACACAAACACACACACACACACAAAUACUGGAAUAGUAUUUUGACAGUGACACAGUGGAGCCUUUUGUGUCACACAAAAAGAAAAGGGUCUAAAUAAGUUACUAACUCUUUAACAUGUAAAAUGUAAGGUGCUGAUGUUGGCGUGUGGGUGGGGACGCCGUUCAUGACAUCACCAUCAUGUAUCGGACAGAAGGACUUUGAAUGGACGUGUCACAAUUAAGGAGGAAAAUCUUUCCAAGCGGACGAGAGACUAAAGGACAUGGAGCAGUUUGUCUUUUCGAGGAUCUUUGAAACGGUUGUGAAUGUCACUAACCCGCCUGACCAGACUGUGACUUUAAUAUGAAACUGUUCUCUGGGUGUUGUUCGGACACAUCAGCGCUCUGACGUUCUCUGCUAUAAUGUGAGGAUGAUGAAUGUUGAAUGUUCAUGGUUCUGUGUGGGCACAUCCUGACUCUUGUAUGUAUGUAUGCAUAUGAACACCGUGUUGCUAUUUGUAAUGUAUAUGUAUUGAGUCUUAAACAUUACACAGGCUACUGAUGAUGGGAUUAUUCCAGUGGGUUAUUAACUGAAAACUGAUGACUCUGUUGUUGUUCACUAAACUAACUCUUCAGUCCAGAGAGUGAAGACGCAGCUUUCUGCUUAUUAUCUGAUAACAAACACUAAUCCGCACAUAAUUCUCUUUUUUGUUGUUGUAGAAUAUAAUUGGCUUUCUAUGUCAUGUAUUUUAACUGUACACAUGUAAUACAUGUUCCUCACAUGUAUUACUGCCAGUAUAUGUAUUCAUUAUAACUGUAUAUCUCCCCGGGCACAAGAUAAAACACUAAACUAAUUAAAAUUGGACUGUUGGGAAGGAGACAUUAUUUACUUGUUUUGAGCCUUUAGAAUUGAUGUAUUGAAAAUUGAUUUCCAGUCAUUAAUUCCUCUCCCUGUGACGUCCCUGUGCUUUGACUGUGAAUUUAAUGUACAUAGGAAGACUACUGCAUUCCAUGAGCACAGAUUGGAAAAUCAUCUAUCUCAUCUUGUGUGCAUUAUGCAUCAGCUCAUAUUUCACAUUCGCGUCAGACGAUAAAAUAUGUGCUUGUUGAAUAUGGAUUCUCCGCAGAGCUCGACUCGCUGGUUUCCGACCCUGAUGGAUUGCAACGUGAAAUCCUGUCUUCUGCUAAAUGUCCCCAUGUGGAAAAACACUGGCGUUAUGUUAUUUUAUCUGUUUUUAAGAUGGCGAUGCAUUGAUUAAUCUGUACUUCACUGCUUUCCUGUCGACAUAAAGAGUCUAAAAUCAUAAUAAAAUUCAU